AUGCAAGAGCGACUGAUGGCAAUUAACGAGCUGCCACAAUAUCAUGCCUUUCUGAUCAAGGCAAUUGGCCAAGCAGACACCCAAUACCUGACGAAUAAAUACGAGGAGACGAUCAGCGAUGUCAAUUUGUUCAACUAUUGGAGUGGUCGAUUUGAUGAGGUUAACCUGGCCGUGGAACAUUUGUGGUCUUUGAAGAAAGAUGGACAAUCUCCAUCAGAUGAUCCAUAUCUUCACUUCGAUGUGUUCGUAAUGACCGCUCUUAUUGGCUUUAGUUGGGAUCUUUUUGAAAAAAUGAGGACAAGACGUGGAGAGAAAAUCGAGAACAAGAGGGGACGAGCUUGGGGUCCAGCUUAUCAACCAACGUCCACAAAAGGCUACCUUUAUAUCAGAAGCGAGCAGUUGACGACCGAAUCAAAAUUUGCCACUUCGGGAAUGGGAAUCGCAAACUUUUUGGAAGAUUUUCUCGGAAAAGAACCAUUGAAGCAACUGAACAAGAAGCUCUCCAAUGAAUUGGAAUCAGAUUGUGAUCGCUGGAAACGGACAAACGAUGAGGCACAAUUGUUCAUACAUCAAUUCCCCAAAACUCUCCUUUCUCCCAGUGAAGUAUCAUGCUCGGAGAUCCACCGUUAUUUGGCUCAUUUGUUUGACGAAACUCUCCUCAAACUUUUCUAUCAACGAAUUGAUGAACUUACCAGCGACAUCUCUCAUUUCAUUCUAUGGACUGAUCGUUUCGAAAGCGUUCACCAAGCUAUACAUCGAAGUAAAACGGAAGCUUUAUCCGAUCUAUCUCGUACCUCCGAGCUGCUCUUUUUUCGUUCGCUAACCAGCUUCUCCAUGGUUUUCUUGGUUUGGAAAUUUUGCUUCUGGAUGAACAGAAAGGAAUCGACGUUGGAACUGCCAAAAGGGGCGGAGGCUACCAGUAACACGGAAAACUUUAUUUACUGGAAUCGACGAUUUGUGACGGCUGGCAUGGCUAUCGAACGACUCCAAGAGAACAUGUGUCAGUACAGUAUUUCGCCGGUGUCUGCUCCCUUCUUUACAAUCAUCAUCUGCUGGGAGCUCGCAGCUGAAGUGGGCGAGAUCAAGCCAUCGACAACGAGUUUAGCUGAUGAAGAAGAAGUCAAGAAGAAACGAAUCACGAAACCGCCACAAAAGGAUCGACAAAAAUUACGCUUUACCCCGUGGACCCCCGCGCCUCUUCCCGAAGCCCCAUCACCUCCACCCACACAACCAAUCCCACAACCAGAGCUCACCCAGAAACGAUGUGUCACUUGUGGAAAAGAAUUCACUUAUGAACUCGAGAAUUCUUUUUGGCUUGAAUGCAAUCACACAGUCCCCAAAUUCUUCGCUCAUGAGCAAUGUUUUGUCAAGGCUCUCAAAGAACAAAUCCCGAGUCUGGAUGGAAGAAAAAGAAAGGAUUGGAAGAAGGCGUUGUGCGUGGAAGAUGGAUGUAAAGGACAUCUUCUCUUCUGUGAUAAAGUCAUCAAAGGAGUCCCACAUGGAAAUCCGAUCCUCUACGAUGAC